CGAGCUGGGGAGUCCGUUUGUGCUCGUGCACGGUCGCCUGCCUGCCUGCUGCUGCUGAGAGAGAUAUACAUAUAUACAUACAUAAGAGAAAAGGUUUUUAAACGUGGCCGACGAGAGUGACUAUCCUGGAACAACUUUCUCUUCUGAUCAUUUCAACAACUGAGGAAAAUGACUGAUUCUCUGGACAUGAAGGCACCUAAUAUGACAAACACACCAGGCUCUGGGGCACAGGAGAUUAUAGUAUCCAAUGGACACACUGAAAGUGAGGCUAAUCCUUUUGCUGAAUACAUGUGGAUGGAGCAUGAAGAAGAGUAUGAUAGACAGGUAGAAGAAGAAUUAUGGGAAGAAGAAUUCUUGGAGCGUUGUUUUCAGGAAAUGCUGGAUGAGGAGGAUCAGGAAUGGUUCAUUCCCGAGCGGGAUUUACCAGCAAUCAACCAGAUGCAACAACAAAUGAAUGGAUUAUCCAUAAGUGACAGCAACAAGACAGAGGAACUCGUGAGUAAAAGUACUCUGAAUCCUGAUGCCAAGGAGUUUGUUCCUGGAGUGAAGUACUGAAAUUCUGAAAGUCUUGCAAGCUGCCCUCUGCUGGAGGAAGCGACAAAAAAAAUACAAUUUCUGAACACUGUGAAGCAAGUCACUUUUUAGGAGGGCCUAUUUGUUAUAGAUGCUAUUGGAUUACCCACCUUCUUCCCCUUCUCAACCGAAGACCUGUUUUAGAUUUACUGGGUUUAUUUUGGCUUGUUUCAGCUUUGUUACAAAAACAGCUUGGCCCUUUCACACUUUCCUCUACGUGCAAGGCCAAGUUGGCAUGCAGUUGUUGGUGUACGGUGUUCCAUCUGCCACAAAUCACAUUGGGUCUUUUACUUAAAAUGACUGGUUUCAUAGCUUAGUUGGUGGGGAAAGAGGUGAAUUGAAUGCAAUGCCAGCUUAAAACUUGCUCAGUUUCGGGUACUCUAUAUUUCCUGGGAGAAAAGUUUAAAGUGAGAGUAUCCUUUUUAAAACAAUGUCUAAAAUUGGCUUAAGGGAAAUAUCAAAAGCACUUUGCCAAAUGAAGCUGAUUCUAAAAGAAUUGAAAACUACCAACUGCUGGAACCACACAGGCACAUGCUCGGACACACACACAGUCACAGCCUUUGGUUUUUUUUAACUGCCUGAUUAUUAUCUCCCCUCUUUUCCCUGUUAUGAGAGCCUUACAAAAAGGGGGUGUAGGAUAGCUAUACAGAAUACAGUAUUACCACUGCCAUUACAUAUUGUCAGUUUUAUGGUCUAAACAAAUUUCGUUCCAAAAUAACAUUGCAUCGAACAGUAAAAAGAAGCUAAAUAUGUUAUAAUGCACAUUGUAAGAUCCUAUAAAUACAGUGUAUGUAUCUUUCUGGGGGUUUUUUGAAGUGCAGCCCAAACAGGCUAAAGAAAGUACAAAAGGGAUGCCGUUUGUCUAGUUUGUAUGGGGAAAUCCUCUCCUGACUGAAAAUUGGGUUGCACUUUCCAUAACAAUGGGUGAUGGUGGGCCAUGACAGAAAAUUGCCCAAGGUACAGAGUCUGCAAAUGCUUGUCGCAGAUUUUUAUGUAGCAGAUACCUUACAUUAAGAGCCAGUUCUUGAGUUAGCACAAAAUCAUCCAUGCUUGCAUCUGCCUCAGCAACAAAAAUGGCAUCACUACUGCAGCCUUUCUUGCACUUUCUUUCCAGGAAGAUGAUAUUUCUUUCAAGGCUCAACUUUGCUUUUCUUUUCUCAUCUCGGGGACAAAUUAGUGCAAAAAGAAAACUGGCAUGUAGCUUUAUAUUUUAAGAAACCAAUAAGAUACUUGUCAACUCUUCUAAAGCUUUGGUCAGUGAAAAGUCUGCAAGUUCAAUGUUUGAAUGUGAUUUUUAAAAAGAUCAUGCAUAAAUUCUUUGUGGGGUGGGGAUGUACAGGUGCAGGACCUGAUGGUAUAAGAGAGGUCUGGCAAACUAAGACAUGAGUAAUGUUAUCAGUUUUUCAUAAAGUGCAGCAUUUCAGUGGGAGGAAAUUGAAUUGGGUCUUAAGUUCUGAAGCUCGCUUUAUUUAUUCAGUUCGCUUAAUGUUCUCUCAGUUGAUCACAAAACACAGAAAUAAUACUUUGCAAUUUGGGAAAAGAAACAAAGAUCUGUUGCGUCAUUUCCUUCUGAAAGUUAUUAAUUAAUCCAAUUCAGCAUCUCUUGUGGGAAUGGGUGGGGGUCAACCCUAGUCUUCAAUGCGGUACUUUGGUCAUUGACUUAUGAAUUUUGUUGCUGGGAAAACACUUUCCAGUGGGUGUGAUUAGGUACUGACAUAUUGCAAUUUUCUAUGAAUUUGACAAUUUUGAGCUUAUCAGACUUUUACUUUUCCAAACCAUCUUCACUUAAAACUAUUCAGGUCUUUAACGGAUGGAGUUUUCAAUCCAUUAAUACUUGUGUGCUUUCAAAUAUUGAAGUAGCUGUACUCUUUUCUGAGCCUUUUAUCAGCUCAUAAUAACAAAAAUGUGUUUUAUUGCUACUAAUUUGUUCAGUUGACCUCGUACACAAAGCAUCAAAAUAUUUUUAUUGCACCAAUUUCCUGUUUCACAUAACUAAUCCUGCAAACUUCAUUGAUUUAGCUUUUUUAGGUGUUAUUUGGUGAUGACAGCAUCUCAAGAAUCUAGAGUGAAAUAACUACUGAGACACUUAAGCAAUUUUCAUAAUAAUUGAUUGCAUGCUAAUAGUUUCUUGUUUUCUCUUCACUUCUACCCACUCUUCUGGUUGUGAACAAGGGUAGCAGCUGUACUACCAUUUCUGCUACAGGUAGUAGAAAUUCGUUCAUAAAUGCAGAGCAUUUUUUUUACAUGCAGUGAUGCAGCACAUCUGGUUGUGGCCUAAAGCAUCUGUUUGCAUCUCCCUCACUGCCCAAGUAAACAGCAGCACUUAAGACUGUUGCUAAUAAAUCUUCAGUAUAAUUUUUUGCAUAAUUUAUCGUACCAUGGAACUCGCGAUUAGAAACUAACUCUCCUGUUAAUUUUAUGGACUGGAUGGAUGAUAUUUUAUUCUGAAAGUUGGCUCUUCUCCCUUUAACUUGAAAAAAUUUUGAGAUAUUUCAAUCUGUUUUGAGGUAACAUGUUUUAUCUUUUUCCCUGGUGACCUAUCACCUGCAGUGGUGGUUAUUUUAUUUUUAAUGAAAGUAUAUUAAUGUAUGAAGAAACAAAAUAUUCAAUUUUCACCAUAUUGUCGGUAUUAAGUGUUUCUAAGUCAGUUAUAAUGUAAUCCACAUGGUCUCCUCUACAUUUCAGUUGCAGCAUGUCUUCACUAGAACAUCGCUCACACCUGCUUUUACUCCAGUCUGAUGAUCCUUUUCUCCAAACAUAUAUGAUCUCUGAGCUGUGUGUCAGUUGCUUCUGAAUUGAGGUCACUUUUGUGUCACAUAAGUGCCCACCAAAAGCAUUACUUUUGUCCAAAGCAAGGUCAUUGAUGCCAUUGAAAUGAAGAAUUGGAAGCUAGACUCUGGGGUUAAUGAAUGAAUUUAGUGUCCUGGUAGCUACGUGACUGAAGGCACUGUCCCUUGUGUGAUGUGAUAUGGAUCAGGUGGUACUAGAUGCACCUUUUGGUGUGUACCAAGAAAGUUGAUCAAAGCAGACAGUAACAAUGAAUAGUUUCCUAUUAGCUCUGCACUCCUGGACUAACAGAAAGAUCUAGCUCUUUAUUGGAAUAUGAUUGAAAAAUGCAUGUAAGCGAAUGUUACAAUGAAAUCAGAUUCAGUUCAAAACAUGGACCUUCAGAGUUGAACUGUCUGCUUCUGAACAAUGCUUUUGAGGAAUAGUCACUUUCAGGGUAUUUUAGGGCUGCCAGCACUGACUGACUGAUUUUUUCAGCAUUAGUCAGUGUCUUCGAGAUUAAAAUUUAAAAAGAACAGUUGGUGGUGUUUAGCACAAUGAAGUUCUGAUGUGACAACUUAUCUUCAUUGGAAAAUUCCCUAAUGUUUUCUAAAACUGAUCUCAGAUUGACAGUUUUGUCUUAUUUUUCAAAGCUGUUACUUUCUUCAUUCUCACCUAUUUCAUUCUGCCUGCCUGUUCAAAUGGAGUAAAAUGCUGAUAUCAUGAACUUUCAGGGAAAAUAUUUCAUCACAAUGCAAUUUUAGUAUUCAAGAAGACAAAUUUCUUUCUUUUGCAUUGACUACUCUGACGAAACUGGGUUUUGCAUUCUAGGUAAGUGUAUUGUGCAUUUAAAAUUAACGUGUACCAACUGUCCUGUCUCACUCCGCCCAACUGUCCCAACUUGAAUCAUUAAGAAGAGAAUAAAUUAUGGCUAAUUGAGAAUGGUUCCAAGCUUGGAUUUCUUCAGUGCAGUAAUAACAGGAAUUUAAAGCAAUGAGAUGAAUGAAGCAAAAUUGCAGAGGAGCAUGAAUAACUUUUCUAAAUAGCAGAAAGUUUAAUUUGGCCAUAUGUGAAAUCUAAGGGAGUUUUUUGGCAAUUAACAUUAUCUUUAUCAUACAAAAUUCCCAGAGCCAUUCAAAGCAUCAUGAAUGUGACCAGAGAAUUUAAAUUGUGGCAGGUUUACUUCUAGAUAUUUGUUUGCUGUUGAGAAGAAACACUCGCCAGUUUUUCCUUGCUUCCCCCUUCACUCACCCUGUCAUUUCACCUGGCAAUAGCUGCCAACAUAACAUUUGUGCAGUAAUGACAAUCUGCCUCAGAAGAUCUAGUUUGUACAUCUCAAGUAAUACAUUGCCUCACCAUUUGGUUUCACAUCUCAACUGUUUCAAAAUGUAACCAGAUUCUUCUUUUAGGCUUGUGGAGAUGGUGUGUGCACUUGAAUUCAUUAGCUUUUGUACACUUCCUAUUUGUGCCCACAUUAUGAAACCAAAAACACAUGAACAUUCAGGGGAUACCGUGUCCCAUCAUGCACUUAGCCUCUAGCCUUCUCUUGCAUUUCAAGGGAAAGGGUGGUUUUGGGAGAUGCUUUCAUUUUUAAUCCACAUAAUUAAAAAUACUGUUUUCCGAUUGCAGAUAGGAUGCAAAUAAAUCUCAGCUGUAAUCAGUCUUGUUUCAGUUUAAUGAUAAGCUGCGUUAUGUUAAUUUUUUAAAAAUUCCUGUUUAGUAUAAUGCUGACUAUUUUACUGCUUGCAUGUACGAGUAGAAGUUGGUGCUUUACAAUAGGUGUAUGUUUGAGGGAUGUUUACUGGUGUAAGGAUCUGUAUUCUCACUUUAUUAUAAGAAUCUAGAACUAUUUGUUCUAUAUUGCUGAUACCCUGGCUACACCAUGCACUCGAUACAUUUUCUGAGUUAAUUCAGCAUUUUCCACCAAGCUUGGUCUGCAUACGGGACAAGAAGGAGUAAGCUGAAACAUGAGAUUGCUGGACAUGUUGGGACAGUGUUGAAGUUCUGAGAUCUUGAAGACCCAGCUGCUUAUUUCCGUACUUGCCAUGUAAAUGGAGUAGUUAUAAUCCUGGUCCUGGUCCCGCUCCCAUUUAUAUUUGCUUCUAUACUUAAUUUAAAUUUGCAUUUCACUUGGUACAAUAUGCACUUGAGACAUUUUAAGAGCGAUUAGGGAAUGCGGGGAGUAGUUUCUUGUUUUGUUAAUAGGUGGAGGACCACCUUUGGAAAAGCUCCAUGUUGGCAUCUGGAAAAUAAUUAAGUGUUUUCAACAUAGCAGUGAUAUUUUUAACAACUGUUUUGAUGCUUUAGAAUAACUUGGCCGUGUAAAGUACUACAAAACUACAUUCUUCUUUCUGUUGUGUGAUUUUCUUCUUUAAUCUAUUAUUUUUUCCUUUUUUCCUCUUUCUGAAAAUCAAUCAUGACCAAAUUCAGGGAAAUUGAAAAAAAUCAUACUGUUAAACAGUAUAUAAAUCUAUAAAACCAGGAUAUUUAUGUUUUAAAAUGGAAAAGCUCAUUGACCGUAGAAAUAUAUUGAGAGUUAUUUUAGUAAUUCUUUUGGAAAGGUGUAAAGUUUAUCCAUUUGGGCAGCGUAAUGUAACAUUAUUUAACUGAUUUUUCUUUCCCAUCAAACUUGAUUUUGCUUGCCCUGAGGCUCUCGAUCUUCAAAAGAGCGUUUGGCUUCUAAGCAUUUCACCAUGAUGGCAUUUUGUAGACACAAGGACAAAAAAGUGCAAGCCUAAUUCUUCAGUCCAUUCUAGACACCUAUUGAUACCACUUUGAAACUAAAAUCAACUGGGGGAACCUUGUAUCUUAGUUCUUUUCCCUUUUCUAGAAAUUAUCCGGUGUCUCUCCUGGCAAGAAUUUCAUUUUUUUUGCCAGCCCUCAUUCUCUAAAUAGUUCCAUUUGGGGUCUUAAAUUCUGUUUUCUUGGCAGUGUGUCUUUGUCCCAUUAAAGUCACUUACACAGUAUCUUUGUCAAAUUGCUACCUGGUAGUUAAUGGGCUGGUUCACUCCCAGGGUAAAAUAUUUUUAAACCACAGUUGCCAGCCUACUUCUGUAUUAAUACCAUCUCUGUAUUAAAAGUUGAAUUCUCAGCAUUUUGUCAAGACAGGGGCAUUAUCUGAUUGUGUUUGCAGAUGUCUCACCUUGGUUUAUUGUUAAUUAUCUGAUACA